CCCCCCGGAUUCCGGUAACUGUUGGGUUUAUUUAUCCCCGUCCGCGGCGCUCCGGGCGGCCUGGCCGGGGCGGGGCGGGAGGCCUGGCGGGCGUGGGGUGGAGGGGCGGCGAGGAGUCAGGUGCAGCCGCGGCCCGGAAAGUUUCCUUCUAGGCCCGAAUUGGGGGCUGCCCUCUCUCCGGGGAACCUCGGUCCUAGCGCCCGGGACCCCCGAGGGCUUGGGGGCGAGCGCUCGGCUGGCGUGAAACUCUUUGCCAGUUCCUGUCCAUUCAAGAUGAGAAAAUUGACCAGAUCUGAGCCCUAUUCCUGAUUCCUCCCAGAGGCAAUGAGUGAUCUCCCUGCUGCAUAAACUACCCAUAACCUUUCUAAUAAAUCAGACAAUCUGCUUCUUGAUUGAGCAGCAUUCCAAACUGUGCUACCCCUGGGCUCUCUUCACAUUGCUGUGGUGCAGAAGAUUUAAAAUCAGCUGAUGUUCACAAGGAAUAGAGUCACGUGAUGUAUGAAGGGAAACAUAUACACUUCUCUGAGGUUGACAAUAAGCCCUUGUGCUCGUAUAGCCCCAAACUGUGCAAGCAGCGGCGACUCAACGGCUACGCCUUCUGUAUCAGACACGUUCUGGAAGACAAGACUGCCCCCUUCAAGCAAUGUGAAUAUGUGGCCAAGUAUAACAGCCAGCGUUGCACCAACCCCAUUCCCAAAUCAGAGGAUCGUAGGUACUGCAACAGCCACUUGCAGGUACUUGGCUUUAUCCCGAAAAAAGAGAGGAAGAAAAAGAAUGAUCCGGUAGAUGAGGUGAAGGUCAGGCACCAGAUGGAUGCCAUGGCGUUUAGCCUGACGGUGCCCACCCUGGCCUUGAAGAUGCCCAAUGGACUGGAUAGCAUGUCCCUCUCUCCACCUGGGGCUAGGGUUCCUCUCCACUACCUGGAAACUGAGUUGGAAGACCCCUUUGCUUUCAACGAGGAAGACGAUGACCUAAAGAAAGGGGCAACUGUGAGAAAGAAGUUGCAGAGCAAGUUGGCUCAGAACCGGCAGCGCCAGCGAGAGACAGAGAUUUUAAAAGUUCGGCAAGAGCACUUUAGUACCCCUCCCGCGCCUUCACAGCAGCACGCCCACCUGUCACCUCUAUCCACUUCUUUAAAACCUCCAGCACCACCACAGGGUUCAGUCUGCAAGUCACCUCAACCUCAGAACACCAGCCUACCAAUGCAGGGAGUGGCCCCCACCACACACUCUAUAGCACAAACAAGGCAGUCCUCUCAUAAGAGGCCUCUGCCCCUCCUACCCUCCAGUCGGGCUCCUGCCUCAGACACCCCUAGGACUGACCGGAUCCUCAUGAAAGCCAGCGCCUUCUCUCCACACUUCUCUUGUAUAAGCCGACUGCAGAGACUGGUGAAACUGUGUACCCAGAGGCAUCAGCUGGAUGCGGACCUGUUUCCUCACUUAGGGUUGGACUGGUCUGAAGAGAGCGGAGAGGAGCUGGAGGACUCAGAUCAGGCCUCACCAUAUCAGGUCGCAUGGUCCAUCCGAGAAACCCUCAGAUAUGAAAGACACACGUCAGACGAUGACGACGUGGAGAGUAGGAGCUCCAGGGUGACCCAACUUUGCACUUACUUUCAGCAGAAAUACAAGCACCUCUGCCGCCUGGAGCGGGCAGAGUCUCGACAAAAGAAAUGCCGGCAUACCUUUAGGAAAGCGCUGCUGCAGGCGGCCAGUAAGGAGCCUGAAUGCACUGGCCAGUUGAUACAAGAACUGCGGAGAGCUGCAUGCAGUGGAGCCAGCCUCAGCCAGACCAAGUUGAAGGAGGCGGAGCCAGCAGCAUGCAGUGGGACAGUGAAGGGCGAGCAGUGCGCGAACAAGGCCCUGCCCUUCACCAGACACUGCUUCCAGCACAUCCUCUUGAACCGCUCUCAGCAGCUCUUCUCCAGCUGCACUGCCAAGUUUGCAGACGGACAGCAAUGCUCUGUGCCAGUGUUUGACAUUACACACCAGACGCCCCUGUGUGAAGAGCACGCCAAGAAGAUGGAUAAUUUCUUGAGAGGAGAUAACUCCCGUAAAGUUCAGCACCAGCAACAGAGGAAACCUAGGAAAAAAACGAAGCCCCCUGCACUUACCAAAAAACACAAGAAGAAGAGACGGCGUGGACCUCGUCGACCCCAGAAGCCCAUUCCCCCUGCAGUGCCCCAAGGGAACCUCAGCAUGCCCACCAGCGUCUCACUGCCAGUGGAGGCCUCGCAGACCCGUAGCCCUUCCACACCGGAGCUGAGUGCCGAUGAGUUGCCGGAUGACAUUGCCAACGACAUCACUGACAUUCCGCACGAUUUGGAAUUGAACCAGGAAGACUUUGCAGAUGUCCUGCCACGGCUGCCUGAUGACUUACAAGAUUUUGAUUUUUUUGAAGGAAAGAAUGGAGACCUCCUCCCGACCACCGAAGAAGCCGAGGAGCUUGAGCGGGCCUUGCAAGCUGUGACUUCUCUCGAGUGCCUGAGUACAAUUGGGGUACUUUCCCAGUCAGACGGUGUGCCAGUUCAGGGGUUGUCAGAUAGAGGCCUGGGGGUGUUCUCCACGGGUACCGACGCUUCGGGAAUCCAGUCCUUGAGUCGAGAAGUAAACACAGACCUAGGGGAACUCCUGAACGGCCGUAUAGUGCACGAUAGCUUUCCCAGCCUAGAGCUGGACGACAGCCUCCUCCGUUCUGCUGCUCUGUCUAACCCACCCACACCCCUGGCAGGGCAGAUCCAGGGGCAGUUCUCUGCCCCAGCCAGCGUUGGCCUUACUUCUGCCACUCUGCUCAGCCAGAGUGCGCUUGGGGAGAGAGCCUUCCCAGGACAGUUUCGUGGACUUCAUGAUGGCAGCCAUGCCUCCCAGAGGCCACAUCCUGCCCAGCUGCUGAGCAAGGCAGACGACCUUAUCACCUCACGACAGCAAUACAGCAGUGAUCACUCACACUCCUCACCCCAUGGAAGCCAUUAUGAUAGCGAGCACGUGCCGUCGCCCUACAGUGACCAUAUCACCUCUCCCCACACAUCUUACUCCGGUGAUAAUAUGGCAGCUACCUUUUCAGCAGAGAUGCCCAUCAUGGCACAGCACUUGCUCCCCACCCAGCUUGAGGUGCCACUUGGAGGAGUGGUCAACCCCAGAACUCACUGGGGGAGUCUCCCCGUCAAUCUUGGCGAUCCCUCUGCAUUUAGCAACCUCCUUGGCGCGGAUGGACACCUUCUUUCCACUUCCCUCUCCACGCCGCCCACCACGUCCAACUCAGAGACCACACAGCCUGCCUUCGCCACCGUUACCCCAAGCAGUUCCAGUGUGCUUCCGGGGUUACCACAGACCAGCUUCAGUGGCAUGGGGCCCUCCGCUGAACUAAUGGCCUCCACCUCUCCCAAGCAGCAGCUCCCGCAGUUCAGCGCAGCCUUCGGCCACCAGCUGAGUUCUCACAGUGGCAUUCCUAAGGACCUGCAGCCCAGCCACAGCUCCAUAGCCCCUCCCACAGGCUUCACAGUGACAGGUGCCACGGCUACAAGUACCAAUAAUGCAUCUCCCCCCUUCCCCACCCCUAACUGAGCGAGUCUGUGUGCUUGCAGGUAGGUGGAACCCGGUGUUUUCUAUCUUUGUUUCCUCUAUUGCACCCCUCUGCCCUUUUCCUACAGGAGAUUUAAGAAUAACAGUGGGGAUUAGAGGGACCUCUCCUUCCCGGUUCAACACGUGGCCGUGCAGCGGGCCUUGCGUCAGUGUUCACGUGCGCUCCUUAGCGCUGGUGCUCAUUCCCGCCUGGCGGGUCCUCUCAGCAUGGCGGCUUCUGUGGUGGCUCAGCACAGUGACUGGAUAGGAUUGAUUUCUUUUCUCAGCAAGUCCUAGAAGUGGAAGAUACCUCAGAUUACCAGUGCCCUUUACUGUCUCCUAGUGUUCAGACCCAUGCUCCCAUUUUCUAGCCAGGUUUCUACACAGCUUGUUCUAGGUGGAGUGGUCCUGUUAAGAUCCUGUGUAGCAGGCGGUGUGUGGGCGCAAAUCAAAGCUCCGAAUCAGCACCAACUGCCAAGCACCACAGUGAGACUAGGACGCCAUUCCUAAUUGUGAUAUGGUUAGCUGAAAAGAAAAUUGUCUCUUGACUGCCUGUGAAUGCGUGUUCACUCCUGUGUGUGUUUUGUGCGGUGCAGUAGCUGUCUCAUUGUAUUGUUUCUUUUCUCAUUCCCAGAAUAAGCAUAAGGCUCUCUUCUCCCUCCUUCUGUCUCAUACCUAGCAAGCUUCUUUCCUGCUGAGUUGACUCAAGCGUCCUGGACAGGGAGGGGGUGGUCCAGCAGUGAUAGCACAGCCCUUGCGGAAGAUCAGCCUGUGAGGAAGGGCCGCGGAAGGCUGAGUUCACAUCACUGAUAGUGUCACGACGACUGACCUCACCUUUUCCAUGUGCAUUUGUUUUGGAAUCCCUCACUCAUGGAACACAUUUGUAGGUAGUAAUUGAAGAAAAUACUUUGAUGUGCAAAAGCAGGCCACACCAGAUAGAGUUGAAAGAUGACAUCUCUGACCUGCUUGGUCCAUCAUUCGCUCCUAGUUUUUACAUGUUUACAAUUGUGAUUCUUUGGUGAGAUUUGUGACUGUGGAGGACACAUGUAGAAUCCGUGUACCAGUUGUGAAGUGAUGUGUAAUAUUGGAAGGACACACAUUUUAAAGUUUCUUUCAAAGCAGAAUAUGGAAAUUAGAUAUAAAUUUUACUUAUCUUAGGUACUUUUAAAAUAAUUGAAGUACAUAGGAUGGAGUAUAAUUGGAAAUUCUUUUAAAGUACCAAGGUUUUAGGGUGAAAUAUCUUACUGGGUGGUGCAGUACAUUGGUGACUAUGAGGUGAUGUGUGGGGCUUCUUGCCUAUUGUCCCCUCCCAGAGCAGGGUGGAGCUUCAUUUUCUACUCUGUUUUGCUGAGGUUUCACUGUCCCUUUGGAUACCAUUAGGUAUGCAUACCUGAGUUCAAUCUAAUUUACAUAUGUAUAUUUUUAAAAAUAAGGCAACAUCUAUUAAUGAUGUGGUACAGUAAUUCUUUUGUCAGGGACUAUUUGAUCCUAAUUCCUUCCUGAUAGGUAAAGGUUGGGACAUAUUUUCCUACUUCUUAUGUGUGUUUUCUUCAUGCCAUGCUAGUUCUAACCAGUCCCUUCUGUUGAAGGUUUUUCUUUCUCUGCCUUGUAAAAGAAUGAUGGUGAUUAGCAGGCGUUAUGCAGAUACCACGUGCCUGAGCUUUUGGAGGGAAAGUGUCACAUGACUGUAUGAAAUCAUGAUAUGCCCUAUUUUGUAUUUAUUGAAGUUGGGUGGGGAGGUACAAAAUAUGUUUGUAAUAUAUUUCCUUUUUUUUUUUCUUAAAAAUCAUGUUAAUUAAUUGGAACAUUUAUUUUUAAUAGCUUUGCCUUUUUUUGCAGAUUGAGAAAUUUCUAAAUUAUAAAUUAUGUCACAAAGCAAAAUUAUAUUUGGUAUCACCAUGAACUUCUCUUCUGAACUGUGAGAACAGCUUUUGACUAUUUCCACCUGUGAACCUGUGUCAGUGGCUUUGUUAUUUUCGUGCACUGUAAUGAAAUGAUGGUGAACAGUUACCUCACCUCAAAAGUGUCAUUUCAUUUGCUAAGCUGUUUUCACAUCUCUUUAUAAUCAUCACUAGAAAACCGCCUUCCCAGAAAUGUUCUUUUGUCUCAAUGUGUGUCAAUUAAAGAUUGUAGCAGAGCAGUACCCUACAUUUCCUUAUCAGCACCUCUCUGCUGAGGAGAGUCGCGGGCAGUCACUUUGCACUGUUCCUGGCUAUCUGCCCCCAUAUUAGCUGCUGAAAAGUCUUUAGUUGUCAAAACUGAGUUUGCAGUAGGUUGCACCUUUUAUUGUUUGCAAUUUUCUGUUUUAUGUGCAUUUAAAAGCCCUUCUUUGCUUUCGAGUAAGGAGGCAUGAAGUGAUCAGGAAUGUUGCCAGUUACAGCUUCACGCCAAAAAUAUUGAGUAAACUCGCUUUUGUUUAGAUGCCCAUGACGACAGCUGAAGGCAGGGCAGCCUUAGAAAGAGCUGGUAUAGGAGUAGAUAGGUAGCAAAACGCACGCUUC